ACUGCUGCGCUAAUUGCAUGGGCGAUACUGAAGGGACUUGAAGUUACGUACAUGUAAGUUUUGCAACUCUUUCCAAGAUUUCAUCAUUAAAACGGAUCUUUCAGUAAGGCAAGAAGAAGCGAUAGCAGGCCAAGGAACGGAAAGUAAAAGCAAAGCAUCUUUAUGUUUAGAUCUCUGACUCGGAGUACUGAUUCAUGCCUUCUGGUGGUUGUAGGCCUAAUAACGUAAGCCACCGCAGUCGGCACACAUGGACAGGAGAACGAGGGCCUGAGUUGAGAGACCGAGUUGGCCAGAAUGGAGGUGAAGAUGUUGUUCCAGUCUCUCCUUAACAGUUUCUGACGUUCGUUGUUGGCUUCAUGUCCUUCAUCAUCAACGGGGACCGCCCACCAGCCAAGAUCCCGCCCGUCCGCAACCCACUGCUCCUCCAGAGCGCUUCCAGUUUGGCUCGGAAGAUUAGAUUACGACAGAUCAAAAGCCAGAUAAUUGUGGAAGCCUACAUUGAACGCAUCAAGGAGGUAAACGGCCUCUUGAAUGCUAUGGUGUCGUACCGAUUCAGCGAAGCCUUAGAGGAAGCCCAGCAGAUUGACGACAUGCUGGACUCGGGCGAAGUACCUGACCGCUACUCAGAGAAGAACGCUCCGUUUCUAGGGGUACCAUUGACUGUUAAGGAAGCUUUUUUUGUCAUAGGUCAGCCAAACACCAGCGGGCUCGUCUACCGCAAGGGUAUCGUCUCCGACCGCGACGCGCCCGUGGUGGACAACUUGCGGCGAGCCGGAUGCGUCAUACUGGGCGUGACCAACAUCAGCGAGCUGUGCAUGUGGUACGAGUCGGCAAAUUUUGUCUACGGCCGCACCAACAAUCCUUACGACAUCCGCAGGAUUGUGGGGGGCAGUUCAGGAGGAGAAGGUUGCAUUUUGGGAGCAGCAGGUUCGGUGAUUGGUAUCGGGUCAGACAUUGGGGGCAGCAUUCGCAUGCCAGCUUUCUUCAAUGGAAUAUUUGGCCAUAAGCCAAGCCCAGGCGUGGUGCUCAACUCCGGGCAGUUCCCUACGGCCGGCAAGGAGCGGGACUGCAUGCUGGGCACAGGGCCCAUGUGCCGCUACGCCGUGGACCUGGACCCCAUGCUGCGCAUCAUGGCUGGCGGCUAUGGGCUGGCCAAGCUACGGCUGGACGACCCAGUGGACCUGCGGGCGCUGCAGUUCUUCAGCAUGGGGGACGACGAGCGGCUGCGCCUCGUGUCGCCGCUGGACCCGGAGCUGGUGGAAGCCCAGGCGCAGGUGAGGACUUACCUGGAGAAGACAUUAGGUGUGACCGUCCACCGUCCAAAACUGCACCGUCUGAGGUAUGCUGUGGACAUGUGGUUCAGUAUGAUGUCCACCAUCGACAACGAGUCGUUCACCCACAUGAUGGGCAACAACGGGCCCCGGAUCUUCCCCCUGUGGGAGGGGCUGAAGCGGCUGGUGGGCCUGUCCAGCCACACAGUCCCCGCCAUCACAUUGGGUCUCAUCGAGGGCAUGGAUAAACUCAUGCCGGACCGUACGCAGCGGCUCUUGGCCAAGCUGGGCAAACUCCGCGAAGAGGUGGAGAGCAUCUUGGGGCCAAACGGGGUGCUGAUCUACCCCUCCCACCCUAAGCUGGCACCCUUCCACAACGCCCCUCUCCUGUACCCCUGCAAUUUUGGCCCCACCGCUGCCUUCAACGCGCUCAGCCUUCCGGCAACCCAGGUCCCCCUGGGCCUGAGUGCCCAGGGUCUUCCGCUCGGAAUACAGGUGGUCGCCAAUCGAUACAACGACCACCUAACAUUAGCCGUGGCCAGGCACCUGGAGAAAGGUUUCGGUGGCUGGGCAGCGCCUAUAGGAAUGGGCAUGUUUCGUGAAGCCAUCGAGCGGAGUAACUCCUAGGUAAUUCAUUUCGGAAUUGAGCUUCACUUGUAACCACCAGUAUCAAAAGCCUACGGGUUUGGUUUUUUUGUGCAUAGUCAGCACAAAGUUUUCAGGAUGCCUGAUGCGCGAGAUUCAGAUUUAGAUGUUUAGCAGCUGCUGUUUCUUGUGAUUGGAAGAAACGUGAUGUAGAAAUUGUACCUAGCGACUGAAACCUGUGAUUGGAUGAACUCGAUAGAUACCAUUUCAUUGAUAUUUGUCAGUGCGUAAAAUUUAAAGAGUAAGACAGGUUUGGGGAUGUCACUGAGGAGAUGUUAUAGAGAGGUUGUACCAUGCCUGUUGCCUGAACCUAGCUUGUGCGCACACUUGAUACUCACUAAUAGGGCAUUUGCAGGUUGGUAAAGAUGACAGGUGCUCCUCAAAGAAAAGAAAGCAGUACUUGCAUAUAUAUACAUGUAUAUGUCGUAAUGAAUGUGACUGCUGUAUAUUUUCCAGGAACAGCGCCCUCUAUUUAAUAAAAUUGCAUGUGCCUUUCAUAUUUCUGGCUAUAUAUAUCAGGAAUGCUUCUUAAUCUAAUGUUUAUUUGAAUGACAAAUGUGAAUCUACUGUUAUCGGGGAUCUAAGUGUAAGUGCUGCAAAAAAGUGUCAAAACUGCACGAAAUAUUGAAAUGUCCGAGUGUAUAUGUGUUAUGUCUAGAUGUAGAUAGGCAUGUUCAUGGAACAAGGGCCAAGUUCGAUCAGCAACUGUUGAAUCCACCACGGGUCGAUUUUGCUUGGUACCUGUGAUAUAUUAUGUGUAUGGGUUACCGGGGAAAGUUGACCACAGGUCGACAGACGGUGGCUGAUCAAAUGUGGCCCAGUUGUCAGUUUUGUAGGCACGCUGCAUUCCCUCUCUGUGAAGAAAAAAGGGCACUCAACAGCGUUCUUUUGAGCCAACUCAUGACAUGCGGAUGUUUGUGAGUGUUGGGCACACGAUUACGCACAAUUGGGCAAGACAAGCAACUGGUUUUGAUGAGCAAGAUGUUGAAUGGAAAAUAGUCAGAAUAACAUUGCAUGAAUACAGCAUCACCUUUAAAGCUUAAGAUGUACCUCAGGCAUUCAAUGUAACAUCAUUCAAAUGUGCAUAGCGUAUUUUAUGUACUUGAUAGUACUUUGCACGUUGUUCUUUACAAUGUAUUAUUUUAUACCGAGGUAUUUCAAAGUUUCCAAAAUAUUGUUUGGAUAGUUUUACUAAUUUUGAUGACAGUAUAUCUUUAGUAUAUGGUAAUUUUUAAGGCAUAUCGUAUGAAAUGAUUAUGUUCAUGUAAGCAAAGAGGGAUAUAUGAAAUUCAUUAGAUUUAAAAGAGAUUGUGCAAUAAUUCUGAUUUUUCUGUUUUCUUGUUUGUACAAUGUGCUGGAACCACUGCUACAAGUAUUUUAAUUUUCAAAAAGCAUCUCAUACAUAUUCAUGGUCAGCUCCAGUUCCUGUGGUCAAACUGUGAUUAAUCUGGGGUCAUGAGAUGUAACAACAUGCUGUAUACUUUUCAAUUUAUUGUGUGAUGCUAGUUUUUCCCUAAUUUGGGGCCAAAAAAAUCAAAAUGAUCAAUGUC